AUGACUAAAGUAGGCUCUCCCCAUGUACAAGAAAUAAAAGAAUGGGAGCAAGACCAAACUACCUUUGUCGAAACCAGAGCCACACAUCACAUACUUAGAUCUUUACUCUUAAAGAACUGUAUUUUUGUGACAGGAAGCUCAGGCUGUGGUAAAUCUUCAAACAUACAUCACGCUGCAUUACACUUACGUGACAGUUUUGAAUAUGAGAUAAUACCUGUUUUAACUGGACCAACAGACAUUAUAAAGUAUUAUAAUGAAAACAAAAAACAAGUCUUUGUUGUAGAUGACAUAUGUGGAAAGGAAACCAUAAACACACACACAUUACAGAUGUGGAGAGAUUAUUCAGAAAAAAUGAACAAAUUAUUUCAAAUUGUAGAAAGAAAUGUUACAACUACAAAUGAUGACAGUGUUUCAAGCUUAAGAAUAUCAAGUCCAAAAUUACUGAUUUCUUGUCAACUGCGCAUAUAUAAAGAAGCACACUUUCAACGUUUUACAUUAUUCACAAAAAAAGAAUGCAAUUUAUUAUCACCAGAGUUGUGUCUCCAGGAAGCUGAAAGAAUGCUCAUGCUGCAGAAGUACCUUCCAGAUGACAUAAUUGACAAUAUAAAACAAGUCACAAAGAACGUUGAUUACUUUCCCUUGCUUUGUAAAUUGUCAAAAGACAAAACAUCUGAGGAGGUCCUGACAUUGUUUACAGCUCCUUUACUUAGUAUUAAAAAUAACAUAAACAACAUUAUAAUUGAAAGCAAAGAUCAUUUCUGUGCUCUUGUUCUUUGUGUCUUAUUUGAUGGGCAAUUCGAUACAAAUUGGCUGAAAUUAGAAUCAAUAUCAGAUAGAAAGAAGGACAAAAUUGAAAACGUUCUUAAAGAAUUUGACAUAGACUUACGCAAAAAGAUGCAUAGAAUUUCUUUAAAAUCUGGUUUUUCGACAUUAAAUGGCACCUUUUUAAAACUGAGAGGCACAGAGUAUAGCAUGAUACAUAACAAAAUAUAUAAAAUGACAGCUGUUAUCUGUGGAAAACACCUUACAGAAUGUUUUAUAAAAUAUGCUCCCCCUGAAUUUAUUCGGAAUAAUUUCAUUUUCGAAUCCUUAACGGUAGAUUAUGAAAAUGAUGAUUUGAUUAUACUAUAUAAAGACCUAGAAGAAAAAUAUUUUCAACGACUUUUAUAUGACUUAAAAGAGAAUGUCAUAACAAGUACAUUUCAUAAUUACCAGUUAAUUUAUCAAACAUUUAGAUAUAAGUUGAUAACAUUUUUAAGAAGCAGUGAUGAUGCAAAAACAGUCUUAGAGAAGCUUGAUACAAUAGGUUGUAAAAUACCAAAUGUUGUUUUUGAAUUAAAUGAGCGGUUUGAGAAACAAAACUUGACAACACCUUUAAUAGAAUCAGCCUCAUAUGGUUACUUUGAUAUUGUUAACUUUCUGAUUGUAAAUACCAUAUGUAACGUGAAUAUGACAGAUGGACUAGGCAACUCCCCUUUAUAUAAGGCGUCGAAAAGGGGACAUUUCGUUGUAGUAAAAAUUUUAUUAGACAAUAGUGCGGACGUCACUCAGUGUAACAAUGAUGGUGAGUCUCCCUUGUAUGUUGCCUGUAAAGGAGGACAUACAGAUAUAGCUCAGUUGUUAAUUCAGAAUAAAGCGGAUGUCACUCAGUGUAACAAUAAUGGCGAGUCUCCAUUGUAUGUUGCCUGUAAAGGAGGACAUACAGAUAUAGCUCAGUUGUUAAUUCAGAAUAAAGCGGAUGUCACUCAGUGUAACAAUAAUGGUAAGUCUCCAUUGAAUGUGGCUUGUAAAGAAGGACAUAGAAAUUUAGUGUACGAGUUACUUAAGAAUAAAGCAGAUGUCACUCAGUGUAACAAUAAUGGCGAGUCUCCCUUGUAUGUUGCCUGUAAAGGAGGACAUACAGAUAUAGCUCAGUUGUUCAUUCAGAAUAAAGCGGAUGUCACUCAGUGUAACAAUAAUGGCGAGUCUCCAUUGUAUGUUGCCUGUAAAGGAGGACAUACAGAUAUAGCUCAGUUGUUAAUUCAGAAUAAAGCGGAUGUCACUCAGUGUAACAAUAAUGGCGAGUCUCCAUUGUAUGUUGCCUGUAAAGAAGGACAUAGAAAUUCAGUGUACGAGUUACUUAAGAACAAAGCGGAUGUCACUCAGUGUAACAAUGAUGGCGAGUCUCCAUUGUAUGUUGCCUGUAAAGGAGGACAUACAGAUAUAGCUAAGUUGUUAAUUCAGAAUAAAGCGGAUGUCACUCAGUGUAACAAUAAUGGCGAGUCUCCAUUGUAUGUUGCCUGUAAAGGAGGACAUAGAGAUAUAGCUAAGUUGUUAAUUCAGAAUAAAGCGGAUGUCACUCAGUGUAACAAUAAUGGCGAGUCUCCAUUGUAUGUUGCCUGUAAAGGAGGACAUAGAGAUAUAGCUAAGUUGUUAAUUCAGAACAAAGCGGAUGUCACUCAGUGUAACAAUAAUGACGAGUCUCCAUUGUAUGUUGCCUGUAAAGGAGGACAUAGAAAUUCAGUGUACGAGUUACUUCAGAAUAAAGUGGAUGUCACUCAGUGUAACAAUAAUGGCGAGUCUCCAUUGUAUGUUGCCUGUAAAGGAGGACAUACAGAUUCAGUGUGGGAGUUACUUCAGAAAAAAGCGGAUGUCAAUCAGUGUAACAAUAAUGGCGAGUCUCCAUUGUAUGUUGCCUGUAAAGGAGGACAUACAGAUUCAGUGUGGGAGUUACUUCAGAAAAAAGCGGAUGUCAAUCAGUGUAACAAUAAUGGCGAGUCUCCAUUGUAUGUUGCCUGUAAAGGAGGAUAUAGAGAUAUGGUGUGGGAGUUACUUCAGAAAAAAGCGGAUGUCACUCAGUGUAACAAUAAUGGCGAGUCUCCAUUGUAUGUUGCCUGUAAAGGAGGACAUACAGAUUCAGUGUACGAGUUACUUAAGAAUAAAGCGGAUGUCACUCAGUGUAACAAUAAUGGCGAGUCUCCCUUGCAUGUUGCCUGUAAAGGAGGACAUAAAGAUAUAGUAGAACUGGUACUUCAGAAUAAAGCGGAUGUCUCUCACUGUAACAGUUUCGGUGAGUCUCCAUUGUAUGUAGCCUGUAAAAAUGGACAAACAGAUAUAGCGCAACUGUUACUUCAGUAUAAUGCUGAUGUCUCACAGCACGAACAACUAGAUGGACAGUCUCCUUUGCAUGCUGCUUGUGACAUUGGUUCUUUAGAACCAGAUUCGUAUAAGAUAAGAUAUUUUCGAAAAAUUGAAACUGUUAAACUAUUACUUGAAUGGAAUGCCAACGCUAAGUUUUGUAAUAAGAGAGGUCAGACACCGCUUGAUAUUGCCCGAAUAUCACAGUCCAUGGAAAUUGUAAAUAUUCUUGAGGAUAAUCUAUUAAAAGCAUCAUAA